GCCAGCGCGCGCAAUGAGUCCAGAGGUUCGGAGCAGCAGACACAUGAACCCAGGCGGGUUGCUUCUCUUCAAACCUUGCCAAGAUCUGACCUUUCCCAGGCUCGGGAUUCCCAAAUAUUUUGCCUAAGCCAGCAAAAUCCUGUGCCUUUUUCUUCUUUGCGACCCCCCCCCCCUUCAAUUCUCCUCUACUUCCCUUUUUUGAAAACAGACAAUAUCUUUAUUAUGAAAGUUGUCCUACAAUUCAGGGUUAAAACUUGGAGUGGAUUUGAAAACGGAAAAAAGGAAUCGGAAAGGAAUGAGAGAACUGAAUCUACUUGUGCCUUUCUGGGGGACGGCUUUAAAAAUAGAGCACCUUCUGGGAGGAUUUUGAUCCGAGUACUUUGGGCGUUUGCCAGCUGUUCUCAAUGCAGUCAGGAAACUGGAGGGACUGGCCCCUGGAGAAAACUGAAGAGGGGGUUCCGGAGCAGAUGAGCUACCUGGGCAUGUUGCGGGGAGCUCGGGGCCGGUUGGAAAAAGACCAGAGGUCGGCUUGAUAAAAAGUAGCCCCCGUGUAUAGUGUAUAGCGUGUCACCAUUUCGGCUCAUUUUCUCUAAGCAAUACAAGUUUACGGACCGCUACCUAAGCAGCAGUUUUCUCCUAACAUGGAUUCACCAGCAUCUCGGACCAGAUAUUGGGUGGACGGUGUUUGCAAGCCAAAGAUGUGUGUCCUGGGAGGAGUUGAUAAGGAAGACUCCCGCACCUGCUUUCCCGUCUUCUUCAUCUCUCUUAUUACAUAGGUUUUGUUCCCUCUUUGUCGUUGACAGGUUGGAUUCUGACUACUUUCUGAGGACUCUCCUUUGCCUUGACCGUUGUUAAAGAGGGGAGGAGGAGAGAAGAGAAGCUCGCCCCCUCCCCUCUUCUCCCCUCCCCCAUCCCAUUCCUCUGUUAUCUCCACCCUAAGCUUCCGUCGAAGCUUCUGGAAAAAAGGGGGGGGAGAGAAGCAUCGAGGAGAACAAUCUGCCCCCCACCCCUCCCCACCCUUCCUCACCCCCCCUUUUCUUCCUUAUCCCCUCCUUCCUUUCCCCUAUCCCCGCCUUCCUUCCCCCCUCUUGGCGCCCUAAUGCCGGCGCCUCGCCGGGGUUUCUGCUGGCCGUUGCUGACUAUGCCGAAGCUGAGGCGGCGGGGGGCGCUGCGGGAGCCGGCAGGCUGCUGCUACUGCCUGGUGGCGGCGCUUGCCCUGCUACUGUUGCUGCUGCCUGCAGGCUGCCCCGUGCGGGCACAGAACGACACUGAGCCCAUAGUCCUGGAAGGCAAGUGCUUGGUGGUGUGCGAUUCCAGCCCGUCCGCAGACGGCGCCGUCACCUCCUCCCUGGGGAUCUCGGUGCGCUCCGGUAGCGCCAAGGUAGCGUUCUCCGCGAUUCGGAGCACCAACCAUGAACCAUCCGAAAUGAGCAACCGCACCAUGACCAUCUAUUUCGACCAGGUAUUAGUAAACAUUGGCAACCAUUUUGAUCUUGCUUCCAGCAUAUUUGUAGCACCAAGAAAAGGGAUUUAUAGUUUCAGUUUCCAUGUGGUCAAAGUCUAUAACAGACAGACUAUCCAGGUAAGUUUAAUGCAAAACGGCUACCCAGUGAUUUCAGCUUUUGCUGGAGACCAGGAUGUUACCAGAGAAGCUGCUAGCAAUGGUGUUUUGCUGCACAUGGAAAGAGAAGACAAAGUGCACCUCAAAUUGGAAAGGGGUAACCUCAUGGGUGGAUGGAAGUAUUCAACUUUUUCUGGCUUCUUGGUUUUUCCGCUCUAAAUUCAAGCACCCUGGAGUGGAACCCAAGGUGUGAUCUGGACCCAGGAAUCCAUCACUUAAUAAUACUCUGAACUUGCCAGAACAUGAAACUUAUUACCAACCAUCUAUCCAGUAAGACUGUGGCUUUAGAAGAAUGAUCUCCAAAAAUCCCCAAAUUUACUUUGAAUAUUGACAAUUCCUCUGGAACCUGCUCCUCUCAUUAGUUUUAGAAGACAGUGGUUUUAAGAGAAAUGAAAUUAUUGACCUGGGAAAUUUGUACCUGUGAUUGUAAUUUCGGAUUUUAUUGUUGGGAUCAUUGACCAUUCUUUUUUUGUUGUUGUUGUUUGUUCACUUUGUUGUUGUCCUGAUGAGACAAGUAACUCAGACCUCAAUGUUUGCUGAAGGACUCACAAAAAGGGGCAGAAGAAACUACCACCUGCAGAAGGGUUCUUGCAAUUCAUUCUUUUUUGUGUUUGUAUAGCCUUAAGAAAAAAGAAUGACUUCAGUCUAAGUCCUGUAUUUUUUUCUGGCUGGGUGGGAGGGUUUGGGGUGGGGGUAGGGUUGGAAUAUAAUGGACGUAACUGUGUCAAGAAGUGCUUUAUUCUGAGAAGCAAAUUUUGCACGAUUGGAAUAACCGAUUUUGUUUUGUGUUGUAUUUUUACUCAACAUUUUUGUCUUUUCCGUUUUUCUUAUUUUAUUUUCUUUUGGUGCUGAAAAAUACGUAAGCUAGACUGAUCAAUAUGACAAAAAGCAUAUACCUGUAAACAGAGUAAUGAUAACCAAUCGACAACUCAGUCUGUUCUUUCAAAAUGAUCUUCACAGAUUCAUUUAAGAGCAAAGGUCGGGGAUUUCUGGACCUUUGAUUUUAUAAUCUGGAAUCAUUCAGGGACUUGGAAGUUUCUGACUUGGUCUAAUUUUUCUAGAAGCGAAAGUGGAGGUUGUGAUGAUGUGAUUUGACUAAAUGUCCUAAAUUACAUCUUUUCUUUGCAUCACCGAACGAAUCCCUGGUCUUCUCAGCUAUAUAUUUUAAUGCUUUUGGCUCGCCUGUGGUACACACACUGAGGCACCACCCUAAAGACAACAGAACCAGCUGUUCCUUCCCUCCAGUCUAAAUAAAAGAGAUCUAUCUGACCUGCCACACAAAGGCACGUUUUGACAAUGGAACAUCCAGGUGACCCCGUGCUUGGUUUAAAUUGUGUCUAGUAAAGGAGCUGUGAGCAAAAACGGUUUUGAUGUUUAUCCUCACCUCAGUUUCAGCUUUGUCCCUAUUUAUACAAGAGAUCAUCUGGGAAAUGGAUGAGUACAGUCUCCUAUAUGCCAGGGAAGAGUCAUUGAUCUCAGACCUGUUAAAGUUGAAACCUCAAGCUGAAUGCCAAUUUGUCCACUGUACGACAUUGUAACCAAAAUGUUGAAGAUAUUUUAAGAUUCAAAAUAAAUGGAUUUGAUGUCUGGCUUGCUUCUCCCCUUCUCCCACUACAUCUAUAGGAGGGUCAAGGACAAAGGACUUGGAAACAUUUUGUGAAUUUGGAGGAGCUAUUCCAUGUUGUGCUGAGACAGUUGUGUGAUGGCUCCAUGUGGCUAUUUAAAUAUAUAUAUCUGCUUAGGUCUACUGCUGGAUCUGGAUAUAUAUGUACAUUUGGAAGCAUACAUAUAUGCAUAUUCAUAUUUCAUAUAAAUGAGAAAAAACUAUUAGUGUCAAAUGUUUUGAUUGAUGGGCAAUGUGCUUUCAUAAUAAAUUUAACUUAGGGCUGAGAAUAAACUAGAGAGCAAAAUGAAUUUGUAGACAUAAACAGGUGUUUCCAACAGUAAUGGGGCCAUCAUGGAAUCAAUAUAAAAUAGUAAGUUUGGCAGUGAGGAGAGAGAUUUCCCAGAGAACUUAGUAUUUGACCUAGUACUUUCUUCCGAAUGCCACUGGGCUGGCUUUCUGUGUGGUAGUGUUUGGAAUGGGAGUUGAGCUGGGCCUGAUAUGACUGUUGCUUGGAAGAUAGUUUUCAAUUCACUUAAAAAGGCCAACGAGGCUCCUCAGAGACAUGGUUUUCGUGGGCAUUGUGAUUUCCCUUCCCAGCAUACUUUUGCUAAAUUGAUUACCUAAAUUAACAAAUGAUUGAGCAUUACAUGUGAAUGUAGAAAAUGUAAAUAGCCACAAGAAAGUUGAAAGAUUUUAAUUUUGUAUUUCACAGCCAUUAAUACGCAUAUCUCCUUGCCCCUUUUGCCUGAGCCCUAAUGUUGAAUUCAAAGCAAAUAGCCAGUCUCAGCAAAUGACAAUUUAAAAUAAUGGAGACAAAAAUGAACUAUUUCAUUCAAUUUUUAACUGAAUUAACUUUAUGCAAGAUGUAUAUUGGCUGAUAUAUACAUGUUGAUUAUUCAUAGCCUGCCAUCUGUAUUCAUUGGCCAAUAAACAUUAAUUGUCAAAA